AUGAAUACCGCCGAACAACGAGUUUCAAGUUCGUCGGCCCAAUCUAAACAAUCAUCGAGCGGCGGAGCUACAGCGUCAGCCGCAGUAGAUAGAAAGAGGGGUGCCGGUGCUAAAGCCAAGAAAGGCGCCACAAAGAAAUCAGCAGCUACUGAAAAGAAGGCGCCGAAAAAAGCUGCCCGAUCUCAAAAAGCUAAAAAAGCGGCAGCCGCUUCGUCGUAUAAAAAAGUACCCGGAAAGAAAGCAGCCGAAAAGAAGAAAGCCGCCUCAGGCGGAGCAGCGGCGGCCGCCUCUGCAAAACCCAAAUCUCCCUCUAAGGCGAAAAAAUCCAACAAAGCUGGACCGACAAAAAACCUAAGCCCCCAAAACCGAAAACAGCAAAAACAUCCACCGCAGCAGCUUCCGCCAGCUCCAAAGCCAAAAAAGCUGCCUCUCCCAAGAAGAAGAAGUCAUUUUUGCGGCAGGUACGCACAAUAUAUUUGCCAUAGGGACAAUGACAACAUCAGAUCUUAUACCUAG